GAAAAGUUGAGUGUGAGCCAGAUUUUAGCCGAUUUUUCAGAGAGAGAGAGAGAGAGAGAAGGGGGGGCUGCUGUUGAACAGACUAGCUGCAGUUGUCCCCAGACCUCCAGUGCUUCAAUGCUCUUCAGUUCUGUUUUACCGGCUGGAUCACGCGUGUCCCUCAAAAGGACACACAGAUUUACCUGCUCAACAGAGGUCAGAGGGCAAUCGAACAACCAAAAAAACGAAGUUAGAUGGAGUUCUAGAAACUUCAUCUUCCCAGCUGGGCAGAUCCUUGUGCUUCCAGAUCUCUUGAGACCCAGACAGGCCUUUGACAGGAGGAGUCUUAUGUUUGAUGUUAGGAACUGCAAGUGCAGAUUGAUCUAGUGCACAACUGCUGAGAAGUGUACAGGAGUCUUUGCCACACAGGCAGCAUCUUAAGGAACAAAGACUUCUGGGAAACUGACGAAACUGAACGUGAACUGCUGAGGAAGGCAGGUGCACGUGACAAAGAGAAAGGAGAAGAAAGUGAAGUGCAGGAUGGAGACACAGAGCAGAGGUCAUCUGAGAGAAGGAGGCGGCGGCGUGACCUCGGAAAGAACUGUGUCUUGUCUUCUUCUUACACUUGUCAUUGGCGUGUGUUGCGUUCAUGCUCUAGAGAUGUCUACUGGUAAGAUUCCAUUUCUGGAAGCAGUAAACGGCAGCACAGUCCUUCUGCCCUGCACCUAUGCCAGCUGUAUUGGGAUCACUAACCUCUACUUCAAAUGGGAGUUCAAUGAUAACGGCACCAUGCAGAAGGUGGCUGAUUCUGUGAUUCCAACGGAUCAUGUGGAGCCAAAUAAAGUGAACGUUUACCGUGAGAGGGUGGAGUACGUUGGCUCCAGUAAAGAAAAUAACAUCUCCAUCCUGCUUUGGAAUGUAACAUUUGAGGAUGCCGGUGUCUACACCUGCUUUGGCAAAAACCCCAAAGAGAAGGGCAAGAAUCACAGCGCCUUUUUCACUCUAUAUGUAGUAGAGGAACUAAGGGAGGUUGAUAACACACUCACCAUCAUCAUUGCCUCCUGUGUUGGCGGAUUCAUCGCUUUGUUAAUGGCCUUCAUGCUGCUAAAGAACUUCACUCUGUUCGUACUUGCAAAGAUUGAGGAAAAAAAUAAGGAGUGCCUUGUUACCUCCUCAGGGAUUGAUAACACAGAGAACGGUCUGUCGGGCUCCAAAUCUACACCAAAGAAAGCAUGACAUCGUGCAGCCAAACACAGUCACACAUGCACGUGAAAACACAGAUCAGCCAUCAUGCUGUGCCCUCUCUGUUCAUUUACAUCCGUGUUUACAAAUGCUAUACUUCUUUUUUUAUGACAGAGCAAUGAUAGUAAAAAAAAAUUCUUAAGAUUUUCAUUCAUAACCUUACCAUGGAUGAUAUUCACAUGACUUAUUUUAAACAUAUAGUUGAUGCAUAAACACGGAUAUGAAUAAAAAAGAGGGGCAUAAUGUAUUUCUGCAUAUAUUUCAAUUUAUAUAUGCAUUUAAAUAUGCACCACACAUGCAGCCUCACGCACUUUAGUUUCUUGGCCCACACCGAAUCUGUGGGCUAUAUUUAUUCUUAUGAUAGAAAAAUGAAAUAUUUUCUUCAACAAUGCUUGAGACAGGGAUAAAUGUAGCUAUGCUAUUCAUUUAGUUCAUUGAACUGGACUGUAAAACUGUGAAGGGCCCAUGGCCUGACAUGUACUGUAGGUGCCUGACUAAAAUAGUUGUGAAAGGAUUUGGUUUCUUGUGUUUAAAAAAAAAAAGAAAAGAAAUUGCAGUCCUGUUUGUUAAACGGCCAUCGAAAGAUUAGUUAUGCAACAGGGAAAUGUGUUUAGAGGGACACUAGUGAUAUGCAUCGUUUCACUGACAGAGACAGACUCUCAUAGCUGGUUAAUGCAACUGCAUGUUUUAAUGCAGUACCUCUGAAUAGAGCAAAAAAAAAAUAUAUAUAUAUAUAUAUAAAAUAAAAAACCAGCAGCACUCUGAUUGUAAUAAGCAUGAAGGGAGAAUUAGGCCUUAUUUGAACAGUCUUGAGUCCAGUUCAAAAUAAACCUCAUUACCGUUUUUGCUUGAAAAUGAAACACAGGUGCCUGUUAAUGCUUCUGUCGCCACCUUUUGGCGAGGAUGACUGAAUCAAUGCAGAACAUUACAAUGCAAAAAAAAGAAAAUAAAUAAAUAAAUAAAUAAAAACAAUACGCUGCAAAAUAGCAAAAGCCACCAAACAGUUAGUCAAUACAAGCUAAUGAAUGAUACUUGACAAUCUGUAGAAAUCAGUAUCCUCUUAGAGAAAACCCUGAAUGAAACACUGAAAAUGCUGCUUCAAAUAAUUUCCAAUGCAUUAUAGCAUGUGUUAAAUGGCCAGAAGUUUUAGGAGUACAUGGCUGACUAUAACAGUAGAAACAUAAUAUGUAAUGCUUUUUUACUGAAAUAUUGAAACAAAAUUGUCACAUACUGAACAUAAUUAUCAUCAGCUUUGAAACUAAAAAUAGCUUGGUGAAUUUACGUGCUGAAGAAAAUAUGAAUACCAAAAAUGGAAAAAAAAUAAUAUAACCUUUCAAUGCAAACAGACAUACUGUGAUCUGAAACCAUGCAACUCACCUUAUGACAUCAUAAUGAAAAUGCAAUAUUUAAAGGCAAUAAGCUCAUCAUCAUGCAGUCAUGCAAAACAACUAACUAAAUGAAACCGUAUAUAUCAUGUAAAUACAGAUUUAAUAAUUGAGACAUGACUGGAUAUAGGUUUUCAGAAGUUAGCUAAUAAGCAUUUCAAACUUUCACUUGAAGGAUUCAGGGAAUUCAGUGGAGACAAGAGAAGGGACUGACGUCAAGCAAGUCUAGAGAGGUCUGUUCAUUUAAUUAGAAAUGAAAUGAUUAAUAAAUAGAUAAAACGUCCCAAUAAUCUGUUAUUAAAAGUACAGAGGUGCUGUACAAAACACUGAAUGACUGAUAAAAGAUUAUCCAGUCACAUUAAAAAAUAUAUUUUACCUCUUUUAGUUAUAAAUUAUUUAGAGAUGUAAUAUUUAAGUCAAGUUAUCAAAAUAAUAUUGCAACAAAUCUAUUGAUUUGCUUUAGAGGGCUCACCUAUUGUUACUGAAUGCCUGAAAGAAUUUUACAGGCCGUUGGAUUUUGCAAUUAUUAGUGAAUUUUACUGUGAAUCAUGGGUGAAGUUGGUCACAAAACUCUCAAAAGUCUUCCUUGAAAAAGCAGCUUGUUUUCAGUGCCAAAAGGAGUUUACUCCAGAACAGUCUAGACAGAUGUUGUGAAAGUUUAUUAAUUGCUUGUAGAUUUGUAAACCUUUAUUGUGGAUUUGUUCAUUAUAACUAGAGAGCACAAAACCUGUCUUGGGGAAAUCUAAUAAAUUUAUACUGUAUUUGGACCUGAUAAAUCUAUAAGCAAUGUGUACUGUAUAUCUAGUAACUCUCCUCUCAUACCCCUAUGUAACAUUCUAUAGUGUCUAUUGAAACAGUAUAUACAUUGUUUUUUUGUUUUUUUUUAAUUAUUUCAUUUGUUAACAGUACCUGAAAUGAUUGUAAUUCUGUUUGUUAAAGGGUCACUUUAACAAACAGUUGUGAUAAUGUCACUGAUUCUCUUUUUUUCAGUUGUGAUAAUCUUGUAAUGGCACACAGGUCAUUUAAGCAAUAUACAUUCAGAGGGCAUUUAGCUUCUUUUAAUAGGAGUAAUAUUGGAAAGGUACAUUAAUACAUUUUCAAAGCACUUGUACUACCUCUUAUUCAGACAUGUUUGUCAUAUCAUUGCUAAACUUGCCUUUAAUAUUUCUGCAUUAAUGUUUUUAAGAUUUUGGAACAGUCGAGGUUUUCUCAGGUCGUUCAGUGAGAGAGUUUGAUAUUCUGCUUGAUAUUGGGCUUAGGGCUUUUAAUUAAUGUUAUCCUUCUUACAGUCUUCCCUUUAUUAAUGCACUAUUUAAUUAACACCAUAUCAAUUUCGGUUGCAUUAGUUAUUAUUUGUCAUAUUUGGCCUAAUUGUGGUAAUCACACAUUUUUCAACCAAAUCACAGACUAGAGUUGCCAUUAGGAGGGAAUGCAAAAGGGAGGUUUCCACAGAUAUUUAAGGUGAAUGUUUUCCUAAAAAGUUGCAUUUCUCUUUUAAUGUUUUAUUAUUGGAAUUUGAAGCAAAUUUCUAAGACCUCACAAACACCUAUUUCUUGUAGCCAAAUACACUGAUAUUGCGCAUAUCUGUACACACAACCUGUGAUUCUAAAAACGCAUGUGAAGCUUUCUGCAGUGCUGAGGGCAGCUCACCUGUGGAAAACCCAAUAAUAGAGGCAAAGCAAUAAUAGAGGAGGUGGGAGAAACUGAUUAAAAGGUAAAUUUCUGGUUUGAUUUUCUUCGGUUGCUUUCGGUUUAUCUUUGAAAUCAUUUGGAUGGGGAAAAUGUCUUAAAUUGAUAAACCCAAGCUAGUUGCUUUUGAAUGAAAUUCAAUUGUAAAAAUCAUACAUGCACAACUCAUGUCAAUUGUUUUCACAGUAAUUUCCCUGCAAACUGUACAGUGUUGAUAAAGCAUCAGAGGGAUUGUUUUUUUCCUGAAUUAGAUGCAUUCAGAUGCUUUAUGAAUGCUGAGCUACACCAGACUGUUAAGACAAAAAUGUAAGACCAAGGGGAAUAGAGGCCUCAAGGACUCACAAGUCCACAGAGUCAGAAGGAACACUGCCUUGGAGGAGUAGUUUAGAAAAUAACUUGGAAUUUACACCAAACCUAAUAGACAGUCUCAGCUCAACACAGACAGUAGACAUUGUUUGAAAUCAGUCCCUGUAAAACUGAAUGUAAAACACUGUAUCAUAGAUGCUCCACUCAGCCCACAGUCUAGAAUUCUUGAUUCCAUCGUUUCCUUAAAUCAGAGUGCAGGCCUGUUAUUCCCCAUUGGACUGCACAGUCAUACAUACUUAUAUUUCUUUAUUAUAAGAAGCAACUAAAAUAAAAUGUUUUGGAUAAAAUA